AUGGGGUGGUUGAAUAGGAAGAUUCGUGGAAGGAUUGGCUUCUGUUGGGAUGAGGGAGGGUGGAGAAGGGUUGGUUCUGCUGCCAAAGCUGUUGCUGCUGCUGGGGCGGCUGCUGCUGCUGCUGCUGCUGCUGCUGCUGCUGCUGCUGCAAUGGUGGCUGUUGCUGCUGCUGCUGCUGCGGCGGCAGUGACGGCGGCGGCCACUGCUGCUGCUGCAGCUGCUGAUACGCUUGUGGCAUCGAUUCACGCAGCAAGCCCUGAGCCACCUGCCACUGCUGCGGGAACUGUGCUUGAGUGGACUGUAUUUGUGGAGACCGCAGGGAGUGUAUCAGCAGCAGCUGGUUCUGCUGUGACUGCUGUGCUUGCGGCUCGGGAAGAUGCUGUUGCUGGGGCAGCAGGUGUGGCUGCUGCUGCUGCUGCUGCUGCUGCUGCUGCUGCUGCUGCUGCUGCUGCUGCUGCUGCUGCUGCAAUGGUUGCUGUUGUUGCGAUGGCUGCUGUUGCUGCAAUGGCUGCUGUUCCCGAAAGGGAUGCUGUUGCUGCUGGAACAUUGGAUAGUUUUGCUGGUUUUGUUGAACCACCAGGCUUUGCUGCUGCUGCUGCUGCUGCUGCUGCUGCUCCAUACGCUUGCACUGCUCCCAUCAUCCCUUGUACUUGUUGCUCUCCCGCCCCUGAUAUGCCACCGCCCGGCCCUAAACUGGACCCACCAUGCAGCCCCGACGCAGAUGCAGCGCAUCUAGACGCAUCGACACCUGCACCGCCUGCCAUGGACGCCAUGAGCAUGGAGGACAGUUGA